UCUCCUCCCCUCCCCUCUCCUAAUAAAUACAUUUUUUUAUAUACAUUAUAAUUUGUUGUUUUUUUGGAUAUAUAUAAACCAUGUAAAGUAUCAAAAUCCCAUUCCAUUAUCCAGAUGCUUGUAUUUGUAACCCUCUCACAUUCCCAAGUCUCCGCAAAUUAAACAAAAGGCGCCCGCUCCACGACAUAAUAAUUCUCGGCUCCGAGGCUUCUGAGAUUCUUCCACCUUCGUAGGUUGCUGCAGAGUGCAGAUCAAGGAGAUCGAAUAGGCACAGUAGCACAGAUAUAUUGUGUUCUAAAGAGAAGCAAAUUAACCUUAAUUUGCUCUCACCUUGUUCAUCGAAAGAAUCAAUUUCUCUUCUUCGAUCAUAUUCGUACGUAGGUGUUGAUGGAGCUGAAGACUCGUAGGUUACGGCCCUUUAUGAUGAGACAGCUUGCACCUGUUUUUCUCCUCCUUAUUUUCCUCUCCGCUCUCGGAGGAAACAGAAUCACCAGCAAACCAACUCCAGCUUGUUCCAAUUCCAAGUGCACAGUGUUCGCCGGUGAAGCUGAAUUUUAUGUUCAGGGAUUUGAGAGGGGUUUAGGCGACAUGGCUGGAGAGGAGUUCACAGUGUCGACGAAAUGCAAGAGAAAUCAAGGCUGGGCCAGGCGGCUCUUGACAGGGCCGGGAUCGUCGCCGCCACAGUGCACGUCAAAGUGCGGCAAGUGCAAGCCAUGCAAGCCGGUUCACGUCCCAGUGCCACCACCGAGGACGCCGAUAACGGCCGAAUACUACCCGGAGGCAUGGCGGUGCAAGUGUGGCAACAAGCUGUAUAUCCCCUAGCUAGUUCUACUACGUAUUGGUUAGUCAGUUCGCUAUUUUCUUAGGUGACAAACAAAGCGAAUUAAUGCAACUAGCCUUAGCAAAUUUGUAUAAAACUAAUUAAUUUAUCAGGAAAACGCCAUAUUAUAUCUCUCCCUCUCCCUCUCGAUCUCUUUCUGUAUUUUGUAUUCAUAUCUCUCUU